UAGCGCGCGCUGGACGCGGCAAUCGUUUAGUAACGGUUUGAGCCUCGAGCCACUCGGAAGCACCACGCCGGUCGUUGGUGCGCUUGUCUGUUCCGCUCGCAUAGAACUUGUCUCUCUUGCACACAGAGACACACGUACCGAGCGCGCAUUCUGAUCCGUCCGCGACAGCGCGAUCGUGAGACACUCGAGGAAAACGGAUCUUGUGAGUGCCAGGAGGCUGGAAGCCAUUUUGUGAAGCAAAGGCAAACGAUGGUAGGAAGAAUUGUGGCACAAUUUCGUACUUAAAGUGCUUCCAGAACGAGUGAUUUGAGUGAGCUCGCUCCCGGGAGACCGGGGAUUCUGUGCAAGACGGAGGUUCGCGAGAGCAAAUAGAUAACGUUCGAGGGCGAGUGAUAAUGCAAGGCCACCCGAAAGCUGUCGGUGUGUGACAAAGAGAAGAUUACAAAUUGUGAAUUUUUGCGCCAGAGAGACAAGAAGGGUGAUACUUGAGAGAUAGAGAGAGAGAGAGAGAGAGCAGUGAAGUGUGUUGUGUAAAUGACUGUAAAGCUGAAGGUGACAAGAUGCUAAUCAACAAAGAAACCAUUCCGUACAGGAUGGGCUUACAGCCCUUCUACUACUACCAGUCUUCGCCGCCGGUGGUCAAUGACCGGCUCACCGGAUAUCAUCUACCGAUCACACCACCGUACCACCAUCCGUACGAUUUCAUUCUUCCGAUGCAAUCACCGACGGCGAACCCGGCGGCCACGAAUUCGGUGGCGGCCGCAGCUGUCGCCGCUGUUGCAUCGGCCGCUGGCAUUCCAUUGCCAUCGGGCUCACCAGUGCGGCCAUCAUCGCCGCUCUACUUCUACCUCAACGCCCAGAUGCCAGGAACUGCGAACGGUGCAGCGGACAGACGAGGAGAUGGCAAGCAGGAUCAUCUGACGUCGGCCACGGUGCCCCUGUCACCACCGCACACACCGCCACUGUUGAUGGAACGCACGGCCAGCGAGGUGUCGCUCCAUUCGAACGGAUCGACGGUCGGUCUCCGCGAUUCCGUCAUCAUGAAGGUCCAGAACCAGCAGGUCGUGCCGGUACAAGGCGAUACCGACACCGACACCAGCGGCACACCGUCGGAACCGGAAACGGUCGAAGAGUUCAUCUGUCGCUGGGAGAACUGUUACUGUGUUUUCUUUAAGCUGGAAGAUUUGGCCAGCCAUGUAACGGCGAAGCAUGCGGUGAUCGGGCUGGACAACCUGUACUAUUGCCGCUGGGAGCGUUGCAUGCGCCAGGAUCGUGGCUUCAACGCACGCUACAAGAUGCUGGUGCAUGUGCGUACGCACACCAAGGAGAAACCGCACCAGUGCGGCAAAUGUGGCAAGUGCUUCUCGCGUGCCGAAAACCUCAAGAUCCAUCUGCGCUCGCACUCGGGCGAAAAGCCGUACGUCUGUCCCGUGGAGGGAUGCAACAAGGCCUACUCGAAUUCAUCGGAUCGUUUCAAGCACACCCGGACACACUCGAACGACAAACCGUACGUGUGCAAGGUGGCCGGAUGUAACAAACGCUACACGGACCCAUCCUCGCUCCGCAAGCACGUCAAGACGUUCAAACACAUGAACAAUGGGCCACUGGGCCAGCAGCAGCUACUGGCGGACAUGGUGUGCAUGGACUUUGAGAGCUUCUCACAGGACAGCACCAAAUCGGGAACAUCCCAGGGUACUAGCGUGGACGCGGGACGUCGCACACCGGACUAUGAUUCCGAUACCGACACCGGUAUGCUGAUCGAUGUGGUCAACCUGGACUGCGGUCCCGGUGCACAGGAACAGGAGGAAAAGCUGGCAUACGAUGACUACCGUCGUUGCCACCAUUAUGGGCCUGUAACCCAGAGCGUCUAUCGUGACGCCUCACUGUGGAUCGUGGAUUCUUUAUCGAGGGAUACUUAUGGCCGUGUUAGCGAUGUGCGGAUGACAAAGGAUGGAGAUGAUUCCGAUGCUACAGGAGGUGGUGAUGGUACGGACAAUCAGGGGGAGAAGAACGCUGGGGCACUGGAACUGGUGCCAUACUCGCCGACCAGCACCACCAAUGAGGCCACUGAGCCGGGGCAAACGGACCGCCCGAAGGCGCUCGAGGACGAGGAACUGUGCCUCGCCAUACGGCAGCUCAACGGCAUGCGGAAAUCUCGAUCGCUCCGGAUGGACGUCGAUGGUCCGCUCGAUCUCACUAUACAUCACCGUUAAUAGUAUACCCGGCGAGGGGCUGUCGUUCUUUUUACUCCUCCUUACUAUGCACCCCCCUUCUACACAACCAAACUUAUACUGUGUUCUACAACGCAACUGAUGGAUUUUGCUAGCUUGUAAGACGUUUUACUAUUUUACACAAACAAUCAUUAAACAAUGGCAAGGCACCGGCCACCGUAGCCGCUAUGCCGUCGGUAUACCUUUAUCAGCACUAAAUAUGCUAAAGAGAGCGCAGCACGGCGCUGUCGGGCUCGGGCUAGCUGGCGGGCAAGCUAGACCUUUGACUAUGCAACCGCCUUCUGCACUUUUCUGUGAGCAACUCGUUCAAUAUGGUUUGUAAAAUUGCUGUGACUACCAAGUGGAACACAUGAGCUACAUGCAAAUAAGCUGGCAGAUAAUCGAAAGACAAACAGAGAGAAAAACGAGCGAGAGAGAGAGAGAGAGAGGCAGAGAGGCAGAGAGAAUGAGAAAGCGAGAUGUGCACAAUCUGUGGUGUGAAUUGAAACUCAAUUUCUUUAUUAUAGCUAAACCCAAAUACAACUUUGUUAAAAAUCGCUUUCAAUGGACAAACGGUAAACUAUUGUGGAGUGGUUAAAUAA